GAUUAGGUUCAAGAGCAUCUGCUUCUAAAACGCCUCCGUUGUCUUCGGAUUUGUUUAGAUAAGACAGGCGCUUUGGUUCGCCGUCGAAAACGUAACCUGGUAACUGCUUACGCGUCGCCGGUACGAGGGUAUAUAAAUAAGGCGCUGCCCUGAGCUGUUAGUGGAAGCCUGCGGUUUACCCUGAGACGAGGCCGUGAAAGACCUCUCGGUUCUGGCAGAAACACGAGGGUGUUGACGAGAGAGAGAGACUCAGAGAUCCUCCGCUCAGCCGUGUGCUGGCGGCCCGUUUAGACAUACUUUUCGUAGGACUUUGGUGCAUCGCGCGACUUUCCGAUCAACUUCACUAACACUUAAUAGUUCGUCGAGAAUCACUCGUUCGACAUAACGACUCAACAACCAUGCGUUGCGCUAACAAGACGGCAUUCCGCCUUGGGAUGUCAGUGUACUUCAUUCUGAUACUGACUACGGGCGCCCUCGGUAUCAGAAGGCAUCGCAGCGCCCACAGACUCGCGCCCAAGCCCAACAUCGACGACCUGUUGCAGAGGCUCGACAACACGCUACAGGAACAGAGGAAGAGACUAGAGAGAGGACUUCCCACCAUCGCCUAUCGAACCCACCACCAGCUGGAGGACGACGAAGGCCCCACCAUCAUCCAGGACCACUGGGAGGCUGAGAUGACCCACGCGGAGGAGUACAUGAGCGACGUCGAGCCCUGGACAAGGACCAGCCCCACGCCGCAGCCCACGCUUACCCAGAAGGACCUGAAAAUGGUGCAGCUGGCCUCGGAGAACGUCCGCUGGGUCAAGGACAACGGCAAGUGCGAGGUCCCCCUUCAGCGCUGCGUGAAGGUGACGUCACAGCACGGGGGCGCACGGUACAAGUACUGGCCUCGCUGCGCCCUUCUGCACCGCUGCGGGGACGACGCUGGCUGCUGCAUCGCCCCGGGACACAGCUGUUCCGUGGAGUCAGCUGAGAACGUCGACCUGUUCUUCUACGUCUACACGGACAGCGGCGACGGGCGUGCGGGCGUGCAGAAGAUGACGUUCAGCAACCACACCCGCUGUGCGUGCAAGCCGAGCGAAGUCUCCAAUUUCGAACUUGAGCCUCCAGCCCCCGUGAUCUGCAACUGUCCCAAGCACUUCACAUCGACCCCGGUGGGAGGCCGCUGCACCUGCAUCUGCACGGAGGGGAAUCCCCGGUGUAAGCGCUACAAGAAGGGCAAGCGAUUUUUUCUCUCUUCGAAACAGAAUGCAUUUCAAACGGGGAAUGUACAACACCUACCUGCGAAUACGGUCCAUUCCUGCUAA